AACAUACAUAAACAGAUAAACUCGCCUUCAAAACAAACAUAAACACAAACAACAUUAAUUUUUUUCGCAAACACACCCCGGAGGUCAUGGAAGUUAAACGCCGUACUCUCCGCUCUUUAGUAACGAAGCUCGGCUCCGUCUCCGAGCAAACUCGCGCCGAAGCUCUUGCCGAGCUGCGUCUCAUUUCUAAACACGACGCCGACAGCAGACCAAUCAUCGCCGAAGCCGGCGCCAUCCCCUACUUAGCCGAGACUCUCUACACCUCUUCACAAGCCGCUCAAGAGAACGCCGCCGCUACUCUUUUAAAUCUCUCGAUCACCUCACGCGACUCUCUCAUGUCCACGCGCGGCCUCCUCGACGCAAUCUCCCACGCGCUCCGUUACCACUCGUCUUCGACGUCCCCUGCCGCUGUUCAAUCCGCCGCCGCCACGUUGCAUAGCCUCCUGGUAAACGAAUCCUACCGUCCGAUCAUCGGAUCAAAACGUGAUAUUAUUCAUUCUUUGAUUGAAAUUGUGAAAACGCGUAACUCUCAGCCGCGUUCGAUUAAAGACGCGUUGAAAGCGCUAUUUGGAAUCGCGCUUUAUCCUUUGAACCGCCAACAGAUAAUCAAUUUGGGCGGAGUUCAGCCCUUGUUUUCGUUGAUUGUUAACGAGGGUAGAAUUGGAAUUGUUGAGGAUGCCACGGCGGUUAUAGCUCAAAUUGCGGGGUGCGAAGAGAGUUCAGAGGAGUUUAAAAAGUGUGGAGGUGUUGAUGUGUUGGUGGAUUUGUUAGAUAUGGGGACUGGUUCGCCUGCUCGAUUGAAGGAGAAUGCAGUGGCGGCGCUGUUGAAUUUGGUGAGUUAUGGAGGGGAGAAAGUGGGGAAGGAGGUGAGAGAGGCGGGGCUGAAGGUGGCCGAUGGAGUUGCUGACGUGGCACAGAAUGGAAGCUCGAAAGGGAAGAGCAAGGCGGUGGCAUUGUUGAAAGUAUUGCUCGAGGGAAAUGUGGUUAGAGAUUCGCCGUUUCAUAGCUUGCUGAAUGAAUCAAAUUUAUCGUUUUGAAUUGAAUAGAUUCUCAUGCUUGUUUGUAUACAAUUAGGAGUUUAGAUAUAGUGAUACUUGAAAUAUAAUUGAAACUAAUUUGGUUCUUAAUUUAUUUUGUUUGUAUAGCCGAAAAGAUUUAAUUUUAUGACAAUAAUAUAUAUUCAUUAUUAUUUAUUUGU